AUGCGCUCAACCGGCCUGCUUUCGUGCCUCGCCGUGCUCGCCGUGAGCAACGGGGCCCUAAUCUUUCCCCGGCGCGGUGGUUGGGAAGAUCCGGUACAUGUGAGACACCGGCUCCGCGUCAGACAGGAACCCGCGGACAACACAAAGAUACCUGUGACCAACAGCACUUCUACUGAUCGCUCACCUACCCCAACCCAAGAACCGACAACCACGGUCCGACCUUCCGGGUCUCUGCCCACUACCUCCGCCUCGUGGACCACCAAUUCCACUAUGGCGUCGCUGACAUCCUCGUCCUCCACGGCGCCGCCUGCCCAGACGUCGACCUCCGCCGCCACAUCCACGUCAACCACAAAGCCAACCUCAGAGUCGUCUACAUCAGCUCCUGCCACAACCUCCACAACAGCAGCCCAGACGUCUACUACUGCCACAACAUCCACGUCAACCACAGAGUCGACCUCAAAGUCGUCUACAUCAGCUCCUGACACAACCUCUACAACAGCAGCCCAGACGUCUACUACUGCCACAACAUCCACGUCAACCACAGAGUCGACCUCAAAGUCGUCUACAUCAGCUCCUGACACAACCUCUACAACAGCAGCCCAGACGUCUACUACUGCCACGACAUCCACGUCAACCACAGAGUCAACCUCAAGGUCGUCUACAUCAGCUCCUGACACAACCUCUACAACGGCGGCCCAGACGUCUACUACUGCCACGACAUCCACGUCAACCACAGAGUCGACCUCAAAGUCGUCUACAUCAGCUCCUGACACAACCUCUACAACGGCAGCCCAGACGUCUACUACUGUCACGACGUCUACGUCAACCACAGAGUCAACCUCAAAGUCGUCUACAUCAGCUCCUACCACAACCUCAACAACAGCAGCCCAGACGUCUACCACUGCCACGACAUCUACGUCAACCACAGAGUCAACCUCAAAGUCGUCUACAUCAGCUCCUACCACAACCUCCUCAACAACGGCAGCCCAGACGUCUACCACUGUCACGACAUCUACGUCAACCACAGAGUCAACCUCAAAGUCGUCUACAUCAGCUCCUGACACAACCUCCUCAACAACAGCAGCCCAGACGUCUACCACUGCCACGACGUCUACAUCAACCACAGAGUCAACCUCAAAGUCGUCUACAUCAGCUCCUACCACAACCUCCUCAACAACGGCAGCCCAGACGUCUACCACUGUCACAACAUCCACGUCAACCACAGAGUCAACCUCAGAGUCGUCUACAUCAGCUCCUACCACAACCUCCUCAACAACGGCAGCCCAGACGUCUACCACUGUCACAACAUCCACGUCAACCACAGAGUCAACCUCAGAGUCGUCUACAUCGGCCUCUACCACGACAUCUGCGUCAACCUCAGCGUCGUCUGCACUACCUACCACGGGACCCGAGCAGCCUCACGUCUUGUUGACCCAGCCCGUCAAGCCCGUGUGGCCCCUCGACUCACCAGGGUUCCACAAGGUCUACGAGGCGGACAAGGUUGGCAGCGUCGGCUACUACGCCGUAUCGAACAGCACGAGCGACGGCGUCACGGACAACAUCCUCCAUUGGUGCCUGGACAAGUGCACCGCCGACAAACAAUGCGAAUCAGUCUUCAUCUACAGGGUACUCACAAACAGCAGCUCUACAUACCAGCAGGAUUUCUUCUGCAACCAGUUCACCUUGAUGUGGGCGAAGGCUUAUAUGCAGCAGGACGUCAACGCCAACGAUGCAGGUGUUGCGUUCAAUAAGGCCACAUCGUAG